AUGACCCCAUUGAAGGGGUGUAAGCUCUACUGGCCAAUGCUUAGCUAUCAUAUUGAUGACCGUCAUGAUAAGGAUCUCAUACAAGUACAGAACCCAAAAGACAAUGAUAUCUUUGAAGUAAGCAAUGAAAAUGUUCUUUAUUCUGAUGGAUUAAAUGCAACAUUUCUCAAAUUUACUGGAGAGAGAAGACGGUAUGUUGAAACAGAUGUUAAACCCGGCAAGGAAUAUGAUAAAAAAUUUGCCUUUAGUAUGAUUUUUAAAUCGUCUUUAAGAAAUGGAACACUCUUCCACUACAAAGCGAAUUCUAAUUUGGCAGAAAUAACAGAAAUUAAAAUUGUACUGGAAAAUGGAGUUAUCAAACCAUCGAUUGGGUGCCCUGACAGCAUGACAUGUUCGACCAUGAUACAAAAUGACAAUCUAUAUGAUUUAUGGACAGGUUUUCAGGUUAAGUAUGAGUUUCAUGAUAAGAUUACACUAGAUGGAAAUGCUCGUAUUGGAGGUUCAUUUGACAAUCCUAUUGGAGAAUUUGUUGGUGUUUUUCAAUGUGUAAUUAUGGAACGUGAAGCACAUUCAAACCCAAAGGAAUGGAAUGAAAAAUGUCAUUAUAAAGAGAUUAUUAAAGAAGGUAAUUUCUGCAUAUUUCUUCUAAAAGCAUUCUUAGCAAGAAUAUAA